ACUUCCUGUUUUAUACACGAGUGUUGAGUUAGGCUACGUGCCGGUAAGCGAGAUAACAAAGUAACAUUGGACUGCCUAAACAACAUUAUUCGGUUGACAAGCAGAUAACUUCUUUGUAGAAGCGGAGGAUAAUCCUUUUUGUUCCUUCGUCUAAAACAUGGCAUCAGAGAAGGAAGAGAAGAUCAUGCAGGCUGCAGGACUGAGCCCAACAGAUCCCUGCUCUUACUCCAGACCAGAUGAAUGUAUUGUCACAAAAAUAGACCUAGAUCUGGAUAUUGACUUUGAUAACACAUCCUUGAGAGGCGAGGUUCAUCUGUCUCUGCAGAAGAAGAGACAAGGUAUUGACCAUGUGGUACUAGACACUAGGGAGGUGACCAUUAAAAAAGUCACAGACCAGGCAAAUGGACAGGAAUUGACCUUCACCCUUGGAGAACAUGAUCCAAAUUUUGGUUCGAAACUAGACAUAAGAUUACCUAACGGUGGUGGAAGCAGUUGUGUGGUGUCAGUGGUAUAUGAAACCUCCCCCCAAUGUUCAGCUCUACAAUGGCUUCGUAAGGAGCAGACAGCAGGAAAACGUCAGCCAUAUCUCUUCAGCCAGUGCCAGGCUAUCCACUGUCGGAGUAUGAUUCCAUGCCAAGAUACUCCCGCUGUCAAAUGUGCUUACAGUGCUAACAUAACUGCUCGAAGGGAGGUUACUGUGUUAAUGAGCGCACUACGACUAGGGUCUGAGCCACAUCCCACCGAUAGUUCUAAGCUUAUCCACAAGUUUGAACAGACGGUGCCCAUUGCCAGUUAUCUCAUUGCGAUCGUCAGUGGAGAUAUUGAAAGCAGAGAUAUCGGCCCUAGGUCCAAGGUGUGGUCAGAGGCGGAAAUGGUGGACAAGGCAGCCUACGAGUUUGAUGAAACCGAGCACAUGUUGCAGACAGCCGAGGCCUUGAUGGGACCUUAUGUUUGGGGACAGUACGACCUGCUGGUUUUACCACCUUCUUUUCCCUAUGGUGGCAUGGAGAACCCCUGCCUGACCUUUGUCACUCCUACUCUACUGGCGGGUGAUCGAUCUCUGGCCAAUGUAGUCGCUCAUGAGAUAGCUCACAGCUGGACUGGCAAUCUGGUGACCAAUUCAAACUUCGAACAUUUCUGGUUGAAUGAAGGUCACACUGUGUUUGUUGAGAGGAAGAUAGCUGGCCGUCUCCAUGGAGGAGAGGCAAUGAGGCACUUCACAGGAAUUGGGGGCUGGAAAUCUCUCCAAUAUGGGGUUGUGGAAGUACUAAAAAAUGGUCCCUAUACCAAGCUUAUCCCAGAUCUGUGCGGAGUGGACCCUGAUGACGCUUUCUCUGUGGUACCCUAUGAGAAAGGUUUUGCUCUCCUGUUUUACCUGGAAACUCUGGUAGGAGGACCAGAUGUUUUCGAGCCAUUCCUCCGGGCAUAUAUUGAGAGGUUUCAGGGAGACUCCAUAGUUACUGAGCAGUGGAAGGAAUUCCUGUUCUCUUACUUCAGGGACAAGGUUGAUGCAGGUGUGUUCGAUGAAGUGGAAUGGGAUAAAUGGUUCUUUGGUCAAGGGAUGCCACCAGUGAAACCAAAGUAUGACGACAGUGUGGCCGUGCCGUGUGCUGAUCUGUGCCAGCGCUGGGUAAAGGCUGCAGAAGAAGACUUCUCAACGUUUAAGGCCGAGGAUCUUGAAGCUCUGUCAACUGUUCAGAGGAGAGAAUUCUUAAGCCUGUUAUUGUUAGAGGAACCAUUUUCACCUAAAAAGAUCCAAGCGAUGGAAGGGAUGUACAAUCUCAACUCUGUUAAAAAUUCAGAAAUCAGAUUCAGCUGGUUGAGAAUGUGUAUUCGUGCCCAGUGUGAAGAUUGCAUUCCACGUGCUUUAGACUUUGUCAAUGAACAAGGCAGAAUGAAGUUUGUCCGACCAAUAUACCGAGACCUGUAUAACUGGGAGAAGUCACGUCAAUUAGCUAUUAACAAUCUACAGGCUAACCGAGACCAGAUGCACAACACUACAGCAAAACUUGUGGCCACAAAAGACCUUCACCUUCCAAACUGACCUUUCACCUUUUUAUGGAUUCUGAUUGUAGUUUGUUGUAUGUGUGAGUGUAUAAAAAAAUCUUUAGAUUUUAAUUGUUUAUCAAACAGUUAACAAUUGAACAAGGAUCUGACAUUAGAACUGGAGGAAGUGAAAACAGGUGCUUAUCUCAACAGGACCAACAUCUAUGCAUAAAAUAUGUUGUUCAUGCAUCUUAAUGUAUUUCAUUAUAGUUAGAUUUACUUAGUUUUAUAAACUCAUCACAUCAUAUUUGAUCAAAGCAGAUCAACCUUGUCAGGUUUAGUGACAAUUCAGUGUAACAUAGUGUCAUGGAUUAAUAUUUGGGUGGCUGUUAGUGUUUGUGAUGAACAGUAAAACUUGUUUAUAACAAACUCUACACAACCAGAAGAAAUUGUUCGUAAUAAAUAAAAAUAGAAUUUUGAAAUAAAUAAGAUUGAGCCAAAAUUGAGAAUUUUAAUUUACUUUGUAUUAAACAGAAUUUUGUAUCAAGCCUGUUUGUCUUAAGUUUAACUAUAUCAUUGUAUUGUAAUUAUGUGUGCUCUGAUUGGUUGUAUCAAAAAAGGUAAAGGUUGUAUCCAGAAUUUCUGUAAUGAUUUGGUUUAAUUUGGAUGUGCUCCUGGCCAUAUAAUUUAUUGAUGUUAUGUGAUCAUUAUCAGUAAAUAUGCAAAAGAUUAUACAUUUGUAUAUACUUGUAAUAUUACUGUUUGGAUUUUGGAUUACAGUAUCUCUUUGAAAAUAUCAACCACAAUAUGCAGACUUUUACCAGCUUAACAAAAUAAUCAAAGCGAUAGAAGUAGUUGACAAAUAAAUCAAGAUUUCAUUCGAUAUCAAUAAAUUGAUUUAAUUAUGUAUCAUGUAACUUUAGACUAAUAGCAGUUUGUCAAGCUUUAUAUCUAUCUGUUAUGUUAGAUAAACAUUUGUGUUGACAGUCAUGCAGAAAAUCAAUAUACUUGAACACAUGCAGGUUUUCUCGGUGUACUCCGUACACAGUCAGACCUCUUGCACGCUGUCAUCUGGGUGAACAAAAGUGAUUGAUAUAAGUGGGUAUACCAACUAACUGACAUUAUAUUAAGUGAAAGUAGUAAUAUUUUGUUUCAACUAAUAAGAUUUAACACAUAUGCAAAAAAAUACAUGCAUCUUUCAAUAGCUAAAAGUGUUUAGUUUAUGUUUUCUUAGUUUGGAAAAGUUUUGCUGAAAGAUUUGCAUAUCUGGUUUUUGAUUUGUAACUAUUUGGGAAUGAAUUAACACUUCGUAGAUGUAAAUAUAAAGGAUUUUGUCUCUAUUGUUUUAUAUAAAUAUUCCUUCUAAUUUUUAAAAUAGCUAAGUUUUUAUGAUGAUGUCAUAUGGUUUUAGAUUUGUUUAUGACUGUCCUCAGGAUAGUAAAAAAAAACCUCAGAAUACCAGGAUACAUAUCACGAUGUUCAUAUAGUGUAUGAAUGCCAUUAUAGAUCCAGCAAUGUAAUGAUUGAUUUAAAUGGAUACAUUUUGUUUACAUUGAGGAUCAUGCUGCAGUAGCCCAAUGAUUAUUUAUUUUAUUAUUAAUAAAUUUUGUGUGGGAUUAUAA